AUGGAUAGGGUUAGUUGCGAUAAUUCGAGAAAAGUUGAGGGUGUGAGACAAGUAGUUGAUGAUGUGUGCCAAGUCUUGGAGGGUCGUCCUUGGGGACCUACCCUUGAGGAUGCUCUAUCAAUGCUUGACAACAAACCUCAAUCAGAAUCAGUUAUUGGAGUCUUAAGGAGACUGAAAGAUGUAGGUCUAGCAUUUAAUUAUUUUCGGUGGUGUGAGAGACAAACUGACCAAGCACAUUGUCCUGAAGCAUACAAUUCACUUCUCAUGGUCAUGGCUAGGAGUAGAAAUUUUAAGUUCUUGGAACAGGUCCUGGAAGAAAUGAGUAUUGCAGGAAUUGGCCCGUUUAAUAAUGUAUGUAUUGAGUUAGUUGUGAGCUGUGUCAAGUCACAGAAGCUGAGAGAAGCUUUCAAUCUAUUGCAAACCAUGAGGAAGUUCAAAUUCCGCCCAGCAUUUUCAGCCUAUACAACUCUAAUUGGAGCUUUGUCUACAGUUCCUGAAUCUGAUCUCAUGCUGACUCUCUUUCAUCAAAUGCAGGAGAUAGGUUAUGAAGUUACUGUGCAUUUAUUUACAACUAUUAUUCGUGUAUUUGCCAAGGAAGGCCGAGUUGAUGCUGCUCUCUCCUUGUUGGAUGAGAUGAAGAGCAACUCUUUUAAUGCGGAUGUUGUUCUUUAUAACGUCUGUAUAGACUGCUUUGGUAAAGUCGGUAAGGUGGAUAUGGCCUGGAAAUUCUUUCAUGAAAUGAGAAUGCAUGGCAUGGUGCCUGAUGAUGUGACAUAUACUAGCAUGAUAGGAGUUCUCUGCAAAGCUGAGAGACUAGGUGAAGCGGUGGAGUUAUUUGAGGAGAUGGAUGUGAAUAGGAAAGUACCUUCUGUGUAUGCGUAUAACACCAUGAUCAUGGGCUAUGGUUCUGCUGGAAGGUUUGAGGAAGCAUACAGCUUAUUUGAGAGGCAAAAAAGAAAGGGAUGCAUUCCGAGUGUGAUUGCAUAUAAUUGUGUUCUCACUUGCCUAGGGAAGAAGGGAAGAAUAGAAGAAGCGUUAAGGAUAUUUGAUGAGAUGAAGAAAGAUGCAGCUCCCAAUCUUCCAACUUAUAACAUUCUAAUAGACAUGCUUUGCAAGGCAGGUAACCUCGAGGCUGCUCUGCGUGUUCGGGAUGCCAUGAAAGAAGCUGGUUUAUAUCCUAAUGUUAUGACUGUAAACAUAAUGAUUGAUCGACUCUGUAAAGCUCAGAAACUUGAUGAUGCUUGUUCUAUCUUUGAAGGAAUGGAUCACAAAGUUUGCACACCAGAUGCAGUUACGUUUUGUUCUCUUAUAGAUGGCUUGGGUAAACAAGGAAAGGUAGAUAAUGCCUACAGGCUUUAUGAGAAGAUGCUGGAUUCUGAUCAGAUUCCAAAUGCUAUUGUAUAUACAUCCCUCAUCAGGAACUUCUUCAGGUGUGGUAGAAAGGAGGACGGUCACAAAAUAUACAAAGAAAUGGUGCGUAGGGGCUGUUCUCCUGAUCUGAUGCUUCUUAAUACCUAUAUGGAUUGUGUUUUCAAGGCUGGUGAAAUUGACAAAGGUAGAUUUUUGUUUGAGGAGAUAAAGGCUCAAGGAUUCAUCCCGGACGUGCGGAGCUAUUCAAUCUUAAUUCAUGGCCUUGUAAAAGCAGGUUUGGCACAUGAAACCUAUGAAUUAUUUCAUGCGAUGAAGGAUCAAGGCUGUGUCUUGGACACCCGUGCUUACAAUGCCAUCAUUGAUGGAUUCUGCAAAUGUGGAAAGGUGAAUAAAGCAUACCAGCUGCUGGAGGAAAUGAAAACUAAGGGUCACCAGCCCACAGUUGUUACUUAUGGUUCUGUCAUUGACGGGCUUGCUAAGAUUGACAGACUUGAUGAAGCAUACAUGCUUUUUGAAGAAGCAAAGUCAAAAGGAGUAGAAUUGAAUGUAAUUAUUUAUAGUAGUCUUGUUGAUGGGUUUGGGAAGGUGGGUAGAAUUGAUGAAGCAUAUCUAAUCAUGGAAGAGCUAAUGCAGAAAGGUCUGGCACCUAAUGUUUACACAUAUAAUUGCUUGCUUGAUGCACUUGUGAAAGCUGGUGAAAUUGAUGAAGCCAUUGUCUGCUUUCAAUCCAUGAAAGACUUGCAAUGUACACCCAACCAUGUAACUUAUAGCAUUCUCAUAAAUGGUCUUUGUAGAGUUAGAAAAUUCAAUAAGGCUUUUGUGUACUGGCAAGAGAUGAAGAAACAAGGGUUACAGCCCAACACAAUCACCUACACCACCAUGAUAUCCGGACUUGCAAAGGCUGGGAACAUAAGAGAUGCUAGUGGGCUUUUUGAGAGGUUUAAAGCCAGUGGUGGCAUUCUCGAUUCUGCUAGUUAUAAUGCUAUGAUAGAAGGAUUAAGUAGUGGAAAUAGGGCAAUGGAAGCAUAUGCACUUUUUGAGGAAACUCGGCAGAAAGGUUGUCAUAUUCAUACCAAGACAUGUGUUGUUCUGUUGGAUGCCUUGCACAAGGCUGAAUGCCUUGAGCAGGCAGCAAUUGUCGGUGCCGUGCUUAGGGAAACUGCAAAGUCUCAACAUGCUUCAAGAUCAUGGUAA